AUGGCCCAUAUGGACCUUGAUGAUGUUGCUCACACUAUGCCUCUUCGCUACUGGUUACAUACCUACCCGUCCAAACCUCGCGUCUUCAUCCUGUCCGACAUCCUCAAUGAGCCAGAUGACUCGGAGUCACUCGUCCGCCUUUUACUCUAUACGGACCAACUUGACAUCCGCGGCCUUGUGGCCACAACGUCAACUUGGUUGCGUAACGCGACACACCCCGAAGAGAUGCACAAGAUUGUCUCGGCAUAUGGCAAAGUCCAGGCCAAGUUGAACAAGCAUGUCCACCCAGACUACCCUUUCCCACCUGUCGAAGACCUCCUAGACAAGAUUAGCAGUGGCCCAGCAGUAUAUGGUUGGCCAGCACUCUCCGAACCCCUGAGUCCCGGAGCCGAGUUGCUCAUCCAGCGCUUGAACGAAUCUACAUCACCACUCUAUCUUUCCGCCUGGGGCGGUGUCAAUACUCUCGCACAAGCACUACAGCAUAUGUCUAACACUCUGUCACCGGAGGAAUCGGCCGCAUUACGAAAACGUCUCCGGGUCUACACCAUCUCCGACCAGGACAACACAGCCGACUGGAUCCGCGGCACGUACCCAGAUAUCCGCUACACGGCCUCGAUCCACGCAAUGAACAUGUACACAACGGGGACCUGGACCGGUAUUUCCUUCGAUUAUGGCACGGCUGUCGACUUCAGUAUAGUCAGCAACCCCUGGCUAGCGGAGAACAUCCAGCUGGGCGAGCUUGGCGCCAUGUAUCCUGAACUUGCCUUUCUAAUGGAAGGAGACACUCCAAGUUUCUUGUAUCUGCUCCAGAACGGUCUCGGAGAUAGGGAACAUAUGGACUGGGGCAGCUGGGGCGGUCGAUACGGACUCGUGAACCUGGACGUGGAUAACCAGCACUAUGUCGACACCAUCGACCGUGUCAUUGGCGCCGAUGGAAAGUUGUACAACACACCUUCUGCGUCGAUAUGGCGCUGGAGGACGGCAUUCCAAAACGACUUUGCGAGUCGGAUGCAAUGGACGCUGCAUGAUGACUUUAGUGCCGCUAGUCAUCCGCCUGUGGUCUACAUCAACGGCUCAUCCGGCCCAGACACCAGGAUCUUUGACGAGGUAACGCCAAACUCGACGUUUGUGCUUGAUGCCUCCGAGACGUUCGAUCCCGACCACCCGGGUGAUACAUCGUACUUGGACUUCGAGUGGUAUCAAUACUGGGAUCCAAGUGCCACUUCUACCAGCGACAUACCGGUGUAUGGCAGUGGGGGACUGCUGAUCGAGGGUCUUUCGGGAGUGAACGGCAGUGCGACGACGAUGCCGUUCAACGAUUCUGGUUUCCAAAACGUCACUGCGGGAGCUACUGUGGUGCGUGUUACUGUGACCAGCCCACCAAGCGAAUUCCAAAGCCUACUGCAUCUCGUACUUGCUGUUACGAGCUGUGUAGCAAAGUACCCAGUUACGAGGUAUAGAAGAGUAGUGUUCAAUCUGGUCAAGUAACUGGGUUCACUAUUGGAGGCAGAUAUCAUGCCAGACAAGAAUCAGUACUAUCCUACAGUAUCACACAUAGUUGACUAGUACAAGGGUAAUCAGGAGGUGUAUUGUUUCAGCCUAAUUGGCAUAGUUCUCCGUAUAAGUAUGAAGGUUUCAGACGAAAUAUUCGAAGUUCAAUGUAGAAUAACAGUUUGUAUUGU